UUCUAAAGUUACAUCAUGUUUUCUUUAUUCAGUCUGAGGAGCUGCAGCUUGUCAGAGAUCAGCUGUUCUGCUCUGGCCUCAGCUCUGAAGUCCAACAUCCAUCUGAGAGAUCUGGACCUGAGUGAGAACUAUCUGCAGGAUUCAGGAGUGAAGCUGCUGAGUGAUCUUCUGGAGAGUCCAGACUGCAGACUGGAGACUCUCAGAUUCAGUCUGGAGGACUGCAGGUUGUCAGAGAUCAGCUGUUCUGCUCUGGCCUCAGCUCUGAAGUCCAACAUCCAUCUGAGAGAUCUGGACCUGAGUGGCAACGAUCUGCAGGAUUCAGGAGUGGAGCUGCUGAGAGAUCUUCUGGAGAGUCCAGACUGCAGACUGGAGACUCUCAGGUCAGUUCUCCAUCUUUCACUUCUGUGCUGAGAUGAAGAGAGUUGUGUUGACUCUGA